AUGCUUUCAUCUGAUUAUAAUGGAUCUAUUGAGACGUGUCUAGUUAAAGGCCGACUUUUUAAGCUACGCGAUACGUCUUUAGGAUUUGAGCCUAGCAACAGGGAGUAUUUGCGUGACUUUCCCGCAUACGUCUCCGGCGAGGAGAACUAUCAAAAGGAACUUUCUAGCCUUAAAGCUGUACAAUCCAUUUUUCCGCUACGAUGUUAUAGCCCUUCCAAAUCAGUGUUUGCAAUGAUUCAUUCAAAGGAAAACAGCUUACUUAUGAAAAAUACUAGCGCGGGCUUCCACAUUCCAUACAUUCGGCCGGAAGUCCUUUCUACGGAUCCGCGUACUAUGCUAUCUAUUUUUCAAAAGCAGAAGCAGUAUCCUGCACUUAAGGUAAUGAAUGUAGGUAGUGAAAUUGAUGCAGCAUUCACAGGCGGCCUUUUAGAACAGGAAAGUUCAUCAAACAUAGGGUCGUCUUUUACUAGUUCUUCGAAUAUGUAUGUGUCCUCAAGCAGCCAGAUCAACAUGACGCCGUCGACUUCCUCAAGUAGCCACCAGACACAGGAUACAUUUGAUCAGACCGAUUUAGAUGAAAAGUUCUUGGCACCACUAAAUGACAAUGACCCUGACUCAGGAUACAUCUUCUUGGCAGGUCCAUUUUUAUUGUCUGUCUCCGAACGUAGGAGAAAGGAAGCGGAAGAUCCAUACGUAUGGGUGCAAUACGAUGUCGAAAAGGUGACUGGCUGCCCACACUACUGGACAGGAGCGUUUAUUGUGUGUCCCGAUUGUGCACAAAUCUAUCCGUGUCGUAUUUGUCAUGACAAUCUGGUUCCUGGUCAUACCCUGGAUAGAAGGAGAGUUAAGGAAAUGUUCUGUCUCACGUGCAACAAGGUUGGACGCAUAGGCUUUCGGUGCGAAUAUUGUGGUGUGGUGGUCUCGAGAACAUUCUGUAACAUAUGCAACACUUUAUGCAUGCUUGGCCCCGAAAUGAAACCAACGUACCAUUGUCAGCACUGCAACUCGUGUCAUGUAGGUCUCCAGGAGAUGGUAAGACACUGUAGCACUUGUCGAACGUGCAUUAGUAGAGAAGACUAUGACACACACGUGUGCGAUUGUGAUAACAUGUGUCCUGUUUGUAUGAUCCCGUUUGCAGAUAAUGUCAUGUCGGAAAUAGUUCUACCGUGUAACUCAGCACAUAAGAUGCAUAGAAGGUGCUUUAAUGAUAUGAUAAUGAGCGAAAACAUAACGUGUCCGCUGGACCACAAGAUUAUCUUAGAUAGAUACCGCUAUGGGAUUAUCAGGUGUGAGAAUUUGAGACGCUACUCAGAGACACAGCUAAGCCUAAACCAGUCUGAGCUUGUUAAAAUUAGGGUCUACUUGUGUCAUGAUUGCCAGAGGGUAUCUGCAGACCUAUCUUUUCACUUUAUAAGCCUGCAAUGCCACUUUUGCUAUAGCUGUAACUGUAGGUUCUUGUACGUGCUUGACUUCAUGCCUUCUGAGUUGACAAGCGAGAUUGAGGAUUUAGCUCUGGAUGACUUAGAAGGCAUAUGUAUCACUGCACAGGAAAAGUGUACGGCUGGGGAGCGGGAAAAGGUACGGCAGCACCUUCUUCUCUACAGAAAGCUAUAUUCAGAUAUCGUUCCUACGUUGGUCUAUUUGAACUCGGCGAUGUUUGGGCAAAGCUCCGACAUGGUUCAAAUUAUAUUAAAUUUGAUUCAAGCACAUGCACCAGCACACUGA